CUCCCUCUCCUUGUUUCUACUUUCUGUUGCCAGUGUUUCAGACCAGCAUCAAACUAAACACCUAACCUCCAGUGUGACUCAAGAAAAACGAAGUCUUUACUAAUGUGUGGAUAAGAAGAACAUUUCAACAGAAUGGGUUCCAAUCACAGCAGUGACAAACUACAUUGUAAUCGCUACCUGAAAGGACAGGGUACUCAAUCACUGGCACAACGAGUAAAUGACGGGAUGAGUUGGAGGAUCACAUCAUCAGAUUUUUAUCAACCUGAAGGCAAAAUGAAUUUGGAGAUUCUCCACAAAAAAAUGUCAGGUUUCCCUGAUGCCAACACACUGAAGAUCACUUAUAUUUUUCCUAAAGGCAUACAGACAGAGAAACACCCCCACCCUGGCCAGCCAUAUGCACAGAGACAGGUGUGUACGUACCUCCCUGAAAACCAUGAGGGGCGGACUGUGGUCACUUUGCUGGAGAAGGCCUUCAACCAGCAGCUUUUGUUUACCAUUGCUACCAAUGAAAGUGGAGAAGAUGUUAUCACACCAGCCUCUGUUCCACUAAAAAUACAACAUGAAGAAGAAGAAGGCAUAAUUGAUGGCUACCCUGAUGCAAACUACCUGAAGACAUUGAGUAAAGUACUAAGAAGUAAAGGCAUCAAGUAAGACAUGAUGAGAUUCCCAUUACUGCUGGGAUGAUUGACGUUACAGGCUCCAGUUUAAAGCAAAUACAUCUCAAUAAGGAUUAGCUAAAAUAUUUCCACUUUUUGAAUAAUUAAAAUAUUAGUAAAAUGUUUAUGAAAUGUUUGAUGUAUUCUGCAUGUAAGGCUUGAAUUAAAAUAUGGUUAUAUGUCCAAAAAGAAAAGAUUAUGUCAUCCUACUUUUGCAUGUUUUUUUUGUUUUCAAGUGUUUGUAGUCUAUCAGAAAGAUGCUUAGACAUUGUCCAUCUUUUUCUGUCCUUGUUUCCAUCUGAAACUGUACUGUUUCAGAAACUGUACUGUUUCAGAAGGAAUUUAAUGAAUGUAAAUUGGGAGAUUAUUGCAUAUAUAAAUAAAUAAUUUAUUAAAGAUUUUUUUGUCAUAAUGUCAA